CAAUGUGUAGAGUAGCUAUAAUUUCUGUCUUUCCAUCGCGAAAAUGUUUUUCAGAUAAGAGUUGUUUUAUCGCUUUGUGUUUCCUUUAUAUUACUUUAUUUCAUUAUUAGUACAUUUUAGUGGAAGGUGGCUCACAUAUUAAAAAAAAAUACAUCAGGAUAAGAGCACGUGUUUCAAUGUUGUGGUGAUUAAUUCGGUUUUCUUCAUUGUGAUUUGUGUUGUGUAAAUAUCACGUCCGCAUACUUGUGCCUCACUUAUACAGAUUAACUCGAUCAUCCAUGUUCUUUAUCUGUGACGUUAAGAAUAGGGAGAGGGGUGGAAAUUGAAAGUCCAUAUGACGACGUUUGGUGCAUAUUUUUCAAUUUGUUGUCAUCACUCCGUCAAUCAAUUUUCUUUUUUUUUGUCAUACAGUUUUGCCUAUGUACUUUUGUUUUAUUUUUUGUUGUUGUUAGGAGCCGUAUCUUCUUACUGAAUAAAGUGUUAUCAAGAUUGUAAAACGUGUGUCCAAACUCGAACACAUGCUGUUACAACGCACCAGUUAUUCACAGCAAUCAUAAAAUUUUAAUUUUAUAUUGUAUAAAUAUACUUGAAAAAAAACACAGAAAAUCUAAGUUUGGGUUAACUCAAUUAAAAAGAAUAAAUUAUUUAUUUAUUUUAACUCGAAGAAAGAGGAAAAAAGGUGAAGAUGAACUUGUGUGUUCUUAAAAAUGUGUGUGAUCAUAGAAGAUGAAACAGCGUAACAGAAAAAAUUGUGUUGUGAGAGCUAUGGUGUGAAAUACAAAAAUAUUAAAAAAAACCUACACAUCAACAGUCGCCACAAUAAACAUUUAUCUCCACAAGAGUCCGUUAUCUCCGUAAAAUUCCAACAUCAAUGCUGCAACACUUUCUCGUACACCAUGGGUAACACUUUAUUAUUUCUCAACAAUAAUCUCAACAACGUUUUCUCUAAGAAAAUGCAAGUUGCUAUCAUUGGAUUGGAUGGUGCUGGAAAAACAACAAUAUUAUACAGACUCAAACUAAACGAAAACGUUCACACAACAGUACCAACAGCAGCAUUUAACGUAGAUACUGUUCGAUUUAAAAACUUAAAAUUCUUAGUCUGGGACACUGCAGGGACUGCUGAUUUACGACCGUUAUGGAAAGCAUACAUACGAAAAGCCGACGGUAUAGUUUUCGUGGUUGAUAGUGCGGACACGAAAAGAUUUGAUGAAGCGAAAAUAGAACUCGACGAAAUCCUAGCCUCUAGAGAAUCUCAAGGAGUGCCGUUGAUAAUUUUAGCUAAUAAACAAGACAGGAAAGACGCUGUUUCUCCUAUUUACCUUUCACACGAGCUUGAACUUGAUGGUCUCGAUUAUUCAGUAAACUGGCAUUUACAUCCUACAGCGGGUCGAUAUGGUGACGGUUUACAUGAUGCUAUGAUUCAACUAGCUAAAAUGGUGGACGAAAAUAAGAAAGGUCACAAGCGAUCGAGAUCGGAAACAACGAAUAUUGGAACAGCUAGUUUUGAAACGAUCGAACAUUCAAAGUUUAUUUAGCAACAACUGACGGAAAUAUAGCAAGCCCAACAGCAACCUCAUUCCUAUAACUUUUUGGCUCUCACCGGCGCUGCGCUUAUUGGCAGAUCUGACGAAAAAGUUCAUCUCGCCGUCAGAAAGGAGCAACAGGUACUGAGAUCGAGGUUGGCAGUAAUUGAAUAAUUGAAAGCCGUAUUCACAGUUGACGCUUAGCAACAGUUUUUUGCAUGGAUCAGCAAAUAAUAGAUUGCUGUUUCGAAGAAAGGGUCUAGGUAAUAAAUUAAAAUGGAUUUAAUAAAGAUAACUAUAACAGAAUUGCAAUUAACUUGACUAACUAAGAUUACAAGAAACAAAAGGACAGGUUGAGUUGAAUCAGAAGAAGUUUUGAAAUACGUGCCUUGAAGGUCUUGAACGAGAAUGUGAAAGAAAAGUUAAUAUAUUGUUAGAACUUUAGGAAGUCUUAUUGAAAGAAAAAACUUUUAAAAUAAAAAUAAAAUUUGCUCAGGAUUUUCUUUUUUAUACUCACUCUAACCUCCGCAGGCCUCUAAUCAUGUUUGUUGGGAGCAGUCAUUGGUUAAACAAUAGAUGUAAUGACCGAUGAGAACGAAUAGAAGGAAACAACAUGAGAAAGGAAUUAUAGAUUGAUGCAAAAGUAACAUAAGGUGCUGGCUAAUCAUACAAUUUUAAAUUACCAUUUGGCUUCUUUACUUUUAAUUUUAUAUCACUUUUUCAUUAAAAAUGGCACACUUUUGCUUUAGCUGGAAAAUGCUUCAUAAAGUGCUAAUACCUCUUCGACUCGUUAAGGAUGAGGCAGGAUGUUGCAUUUUCGGGACAAGGGGCUUUUUUGAAUUUAGAAACGUUUAUAU